UUGCACUUGCAUUUCAUAAGGGAAAAGAUAGAUAACAAAAUUGUUAGCAUUAAGCACAUUCCAGCUACAGAACAAGUAGCAGACAUAUUCACCAAAGCUCUUUCGGGGCAAUUUUAUGCUUGGUUAAGAAAUAGGUUGAGAGUGACUUCAAGAUCAAGCAUAGAAUUGAAGGGGGCUGUUAGAAGAGCUGUUGAUCAAAGUCACAUCACCAAUGACAUGGAAAGCAAGAGAGAAACUAGUGUCUGUACCCUAGGAAAACCUAAACCUUAUCUAGUGAAUGUGAUCCACACACGUAAUAAAAUAUCCAAUCUUGUUAAUGCUGUCCUGAGAAAGUCGAAAACAAAAUAUACCGGAUGCCUGUUUGAGAUGAAAUUGAAAAAAGUGGUUGGUACAAAAGAUUCCUGGAGAGUAUGUUUUCCUCUGGAUGACCAGAAGGGAUACCAUAAUCAUCCGAUGGUUUUGUAUCCCGAGGGUCAUCGACAGUUCAGCGGAUUGAGUGAAAAGGCGAGACAUAUCGUCCGUGACAUGACAGCUGCCCAGGCAAGACCGGCGGUAAUAUUGGCAGCGAUACAGGAGAAAUACCCGUCUGACAACGCGAUUCGUCAACAGGUUUACAACUAUAAGGCUAAACUCCGAUCAGAGAGUUUCGAGGGUAGAGAUGUGACUUCCCAGCUUAUGCAUCUGGCUAGCCGGGCUAAUUACAUAGUUUUCACCGAUUCUAAUAAGGACACACACACCUUGACACGUGUGUUCAUGUCGCAUCCCCAGUCAGCCCUUCUCUUUCAGAAAUAUUAUUGGUACGUCGGUAUAGAUUCGACGUACAAAACCAACAG